AUGCCUUCCGCCUCAUCACAAUACAACACGCAACUUGCCUCUCCUCCUCCAGAAUAUAACGACAUGGAUAUGCCGUCUGCAAAUGCCAUCUCAUCAUACGCUCGCUCCAUGCACCGACACACGCAAAAGCAGAUGGAGGCUGCGGCCUCGGCAGCACGCAGGAGGAGUUCCACCAGCACCGCCAACUCGCAGGGCACAUGUGCAUCACAUUCCGAAUCCUCAUCCGACGUUGGGAGCAUGGACAGCAGAUCUACAUCGUGGUAG